CGGGAAUCAAGAUGUGGCAAACAUGUAAUACCUGCCCUGGCAACACUGGCAGAGGGUGAGCAGUGUGUCGUGUCACAACAUUCCUGUGGUGAUUUAUUAAGUAAUAGCAGAGAUGAAUGGCACUACUACCAAUUUAAUAGACUCUCUGAUGGAGUUGUUCAAUUUGACAUCGGAGAUGCUGUCAUUAUCAAUACGGGUUUGGUCUUUAGGCAUCAUGAUUCUACUGCAGCUUCUGGUCCUUUUGGCAGGACUUGCUUGCAUAUGCUGGUUUCUUCUCAAGUUUUGUGUGUAUACAUUGCGAAGAGGUGAACCAGGUUAUCUUCAUGUAGCAUUCUUUCAUCCAUAUUGCAAUGCUGGAGGAGGUGGAGAAAGAGUUCUCUGGUGUGCAAUAAGAUCACUACAAAAAAAGUACCAGAAUGUCAAAUGCUACGUGUAUACAGGAGACACAGAUGUUACCCCUCAGCAGAUUCUUCAAAAAGCUCAACAGCGGUUCAAUGUUGUUUUGCCACGACCAAUCGAGUUCAUAUUUCUUAAUAGCCGUACCCUUGUUGAGGCGAAACACUAUCCUUUCCUUACACUUAUGAUGCAGAGUGUAGGAUCUGUGUUUUUGGCUGGUGAGGCCUUGUCCAAGUUUCGUCCAGAUAUAUAUAUGGACUCCAUGGGUUAUGCCUUCACAUACCCAGUAUUUCGUUUCAUUGGUGGGUGUACAGUAGGUUGUUACACACACUAUCCAACAAUAAGCACCGACAUGCUAGGACAGGUUGCAAACAGAGUUGAAUCCCAUAAUAAUAGAGAAUUUAUUGCCAGAAAUAUUGUUUUCAGUAUGUUAAAGUUGGGUUACUAUCACCUAUUUGCGCUAAUGUAUGCGUUAGUUGGACGUUGUGCUAAAUUGGUGAUGGUGAACUCUUCUUGGACACACGGGCACAUCACAGCACUCUGGGGACAAACUCAUAAUACACACAUUGUGUAUCCACCAUGUGACACUGAACACUUCAAGAAUUUGCCCAGGAUUCGAGAUUUGGAGAAAAAAUUCAAGACAAUUAUUUCUAUUGGCCAGUUUCGUCCAGAAAAAGAUCACACUCUACAGCUGAAAGCUUUUCAAAGACUGUGUGAAAUCCUUGAUCCAACUACUGUAGAGGUUGUUCAGCUUGUGUUAAUUGGUGGCUGUAGGAAUGAGGAAGAUCAUCAAAGGGUAGAAAAUUUAAAGAAUCUUGCAUCAACACUAGGAAUUGAAGACAAAAUUGUUUGGAAACUAAAUGCAUCUUUUGCAGAGCUUUUAGAAUGUGUUCAGAAUGGGACAGUUGGUCUACAUACAAUGUGGUGUGAGCAUUUUGGUAUAUGUGUUGUUGAAAGUAUGGCAGGAGGACUCCUCAUGGUGGCCCAUGACUCUGGUGGACCAAAGAUGGACAUUGUUAUUGAAUAUGAGGGUGAACAAACAGGUUACUUAGCCACAGAUGCUGAAUCAUAUGCACAGGCAAUGAAAACUAUUUUUGAAUUAACUGAUGAAGGAAGAGAUAAUAUACGUAUUGCAGCUAGGAAUUCUGUAGACAGAUUUAGUGAUGAUCAAUUUGAAAUUUCUUUCCUCAGUGUAAGUGAAAAUAUUUUCUCUAGUGCCAUAACAAAUGAGUAAAUUAAUUGGAUUUUAAGUACCCCUGUAUUGAGAGUUCAUGCUUUGGUAUGUGGUGAAUCUUUCUGUUGUGACAAAAGACUUGAAUGCUCUGGUCUAGAAUGGUGAUCAGGAGUAUUUGCCUUGUUGGACAAAGACCUAUCUUUUUAUUAUGACAAUACUGUACUGUGAUAACCUUGAAAAUUUGCCAGACAGCCACUGACAAUGAAGUUUUAUGAAGUGUGGAAAAAUAUAUGAAUUCAGCUACAGCAAAAUUAAUUAAAAAACUUAUUGGUAAA